UCUUUUCUUUUCUUAUCUUUUCCAACAGUUGGACAGAGAGACUCCGAAAACAUGAUUGAAAAAGAUGAUGUGGAUAAUACUCUGGUAGCUAGGUCAGCAUCUAGUGUGCAGGAUGUUCAGGAGACUGUGCAUGAAAUAAUUGAGCAAAUGCCUUUGUCAGAAGAUAAUAUAGAAGAGUUGGAGCAACCUACAGAAUCACAGUCUAAUGAUGUUGGAUUUAAAAAGGUUUUUAAAUUCGUUGGCUUUAAAUUUACUGUGAAAAAGGAUAAGAAUGAUAAAUCCGACCCUGUUGAAUUACUCACAGUCAAAAAAGAUGAAUAUGAUGGUAUGGGAACAAAUGGAGCUGAUGAGCAUCAAGAUUCUGGUUCAGAAAAUGAAGCUUUACCUAAAGAGACUGAAUUGACCCAGUUAGUUGGGACAGAUGAAGAAAGUCAGAGAGACAGUGCAGAUCCUGAGGAAGGCAAGAAUUCUGAGGAAGAGAAACAAGAGAAAGUAGGCAACAAAUCUUCUGAAUCUGAGAGUAUGUCAUCAUUCAAAAAGUUUUUCAGUCUUGGUUGGGCUGGCUGGAGAAAAAAGACCAGUUUUAGGAAAUCUAAGGAGGAUGAGCCAGAGAUUUCUGAGAAGAAAAAGGAGCAAGAGGUGGGGAAAGGAGAUGUAGUUGAAAUUGAUGAAGAGAAGAAAGAGGAUACUACUGAACAGUUAACUGUUUCUGAACAUCUACCCCCCCAGGAGGCCAUUCAAAGUAUAAAAGAUUCCAGUGUGUCUGAGAAUGAAAAAGUACAUAGAUCUCCUGAAGAUCAAGUUCAAGAAGCACAAAUAUCUUCUGAAGAGAAAGCUGCUCCUUUAGCCACAGAGGUGUUUGAUGAAAAAGUAGAGACGGUAGCAGAAGUUCAUGUCAGUACUGUGGAAGAGCAAGAGCAAACAGAAGAUCAAAGCGCUGAGGUAGAACAGGUUGUUGGGUCUUUGUUCCUUGCAGCAGCUGAAACGAGUGCAGAUUUGCAAAAAGCUGAAGUGACACAGAAGCUGGUCAAGACCAAAGAAUUGGUGGGUGCCUCUGGAGAUGACUGUGUUAAACUAGUUGAACUAAGUCCUGUAGAAUCAGCUUUGUGUCAGCCACAUGAGGGCAUCACAAAUGAGGUAGAAAUGCUGUCCUCACAAGAAAGAGGGAGAUUGCAAGGAAGCCCAUUAAAGAAACUUUUUACUGGUACUGGCUUAAAAAAACUGUCUGGAAAGAAACAUAAGGGGAAAAGAGGAGAUGAUGAAAUAAAGCCAGAGGAAUCAGGGGAACUUACACAAGCAUCAGUAGAUUCUCCAGAAACUCCAGAGGAACAAAAGGGUGAAAGCUCUGCUUCAUCCCCCGAAGAAUUGGCUGAGGCUAUCUCUGUAGAGACGGGUAUCAUAGAAGCACCACAAGAGGUUGAGAUUGAAGAAGAAGGUACUACUUCAGAUGGAGAGAGAAAGAGAGAAGGUGUUACUCCAUGGGCAUCUUUUAAAAAGAUGGUGACGCCCAAGAAACGUGUUAGAAGGCUUUCUGAAAGUGACAAAGAAGAUGAAGUUGAGAAAGUAAAGAGUGCCACUCUGUCUUCAACUGAAAGUGCAGCCUCUGAUAAUCAGGAGGAGAUGAAAGGACAUGGGGAUGAUCAGAAGACAGAAGAGCCAAAGCGUAAGGUUGAUACUUCAGUAUCCUGGGAAGCCUUAAUUUGUGUAGGAUCUUCCAAGAAAAGAGCAAGGAAGUCGUCAUCUUCUGAUGAAGAAGGAGGGUCUAAAGUUGUUAGUGGAGAUUCCCAGAAAACAGAAGAUGCAGGAAAAAACAAGGAAUCUGGGACAGAAAUAACACAUAUGCAUUCCCACGAAGGUGAUCAAGGGCAGAUAAAUUCUUCCCCUGAGCUAGCUGGAAGCCCACUUGAAGGUGAAGGCAUUUCCACAUGGGUGUCAUUUAAAAGAUUAGUUACUCCAAGGAAAAAGUCAAAAUCAAAAAUGGAAGAGAGACAUGAGGAAUCUGUAACUGUUUCUGGCAUAGAACAUUCUGCUUCAGAUGCAGAACCUGUGAAAGAAGAAUCUUGGGUUUCAAUCAAGAAACUCAUUCCUGGUCGAAGAAAGAAAAGGGUAGAUGAGAAACAAGAACAAGUUCCUGUUGAAGAAGACCAGACGGGAGUUAAUGAAGAUGAUUCUGAUAUCCCAGCUGUUGUUCCUUUAUCUGAGUAUGAUGCAGCAGAACAAGAGAAACUUGAAGCCCAACAAGCAAAAAACAUUGAAGCAGCAAAAACAGGUCUACAUGAGGUGAAAUCUGGACAAGCAGAAGGUCCAGGAACAGAGGAGACUAUUGAGGGACUGGUUCAUGCAGUUGGUGUGACUGUUGUAGAGGGGGAGAGAGCAGUUACAAGUAUUGAAGAAAGGUCACCAUCUUGGAUUUCUGCUAAAAUUACAGAACCUGUUGAAGAAGCAGCAGAUCAACUGAAACAGCAGACUGAGGAGAUACUUGAAAAAGAAGUCCUUGUGGAAGUACCUGUUACUAAAACCUUGCCAGAUAUAAAAGACACUAGCAGUGACACUAUUGUCAGUGAGCUGGAGUUAACUUCUGAAGCAGUGACAGCUCCAGAAGAGGCAGCAGAAAUAACAGAAGCCUCUUGUGCGGAAGAGACUACUGAAAUGGUUUCUGCAGUUUCACAGUUGACUGACUCUCCUGAUACUACAGAAGAAGCUACACCUGUGCAGGAGGUAGAAGACGACACACCCAAUUUAGAAGCUCUUAAGCAGCGAACUCAGGAAAUAAUUCAGGCAGUUAUAGAAAAAGUUAAGCAAUCAGAAGAAUCUGAGAUUACAGAAACAGUUGUUUCAGGAGACACACUUUUAACAGUUCAGAAUCUUGAAACUAAAAUACCAGAGAAAGUGAGUGUGAAAAAAGCUGAACAAAGUGGUGAUCACCAAGAGGUCAACUUAGAAAUUGGAGAAGCAGCUGUGCUAGACAACAGUAAAAUGAUGCAUGCUGAGAUGCAGGAACAGGUACAAGCAGCAAAAUCUGAAGAUAUAACCAUUAAUGGUGGGCAACAAGAAAUAAUUGAACAAACACCUUCAGAAAAAACCUUUAAUAUUAAUGAAGUUGAAAGGAAUAUAGAGGUGAAGGAAUGUAAAUCAUAUACUGAUUUCACAACUUACCAAGCUGAGACUACAGGCAUUGAAACAUCACAAAUUCCAAUGGAACCGGUAACACCAGUUGAAAUAAGUACAGAUGAAGUUACUCUUGUGGUACAUUUUGAAGAUAAAAGUAUAAAACAGCAAAAAGGCAGUGAUGUUCGUGACUCUGUACCUGCAUUAGGAUCUGAAAUUGUAGAAACAACACGGGCCACUGUAUCAAGUGAUAAGCCUCCAGAAAGUCCUGGUUUCCACUCUUCACAGGGAAACAAAGAAAAAUCUAAAGUGGAAGAAGUUCCAGUACCUGAUGAGGAGCAGAUAGUUGUGAAAAUGGUGCAGAACCUUUCAGGGACUGAAGUCGUUCAAGAUUCAGGUCCUUUUGUUGAUCAGGAAACGAAAGAGACAAUAAUUGCAAAAGAACAGGUCUCUUUAGACACGGAAGUGAUGGAGUUACUUGAUCAGACAAAGAUAGACCAAAUUGAACUGAAAGAUGAAAAAGUUACUGAAAGAGACAAAUUAGAAUAUGAAAACAAUUCUGAAAAGGUUGAACUUCAGAUCAGUUCUUACUCAGCUUCAGUGGAGGAAGAGGUCUUGGUUCAGGAAGAGAUAGUGUCCUCUGAAGUUCUCAAAGUUCAGAGGUCUGAGGCUCAAGAAGCAUCUUUGCCAUUAACAGCGGCGGCAAUAGUCGAGAAGGCUGUAGCAGAAGCUGUAAAACUUUCAGAAACAUCACCUGAAACUCUGGAUUCUGUAAAUGUUCAAUUAGUAACUGAAAAAAUACCUUCUGAAAGUAUGCAAGACUCUGCUACUGCUUGGUCAGACCAAGCAGUAGUCAUGGAAAAGCAUUCUCUCACAGAGUCUGUACUUCAAGAAAAAUCAAAAACAGUAGUGGUAUCUGCUAUUACAGAGACUAUCAAAAGCUCCGGCUUCAUGAAAAGACCGGAGGAAGAGUCCCAGAAACCGUCAGAUGCAGCCAGUGUUGAAGUUGUUUCUCAGGAAGUCGAACCAACUCUAACCCAAGUAGAACUUGGAAAGGAUGAAGAUGAUAUUUUGACCAUCAAAACCCAGAGUACCGAAAUUGUGCAAAAUGUCAUUCAGACUGCUGUUGAUCAACUUGUUAGUGCCAAAGAUCUAAACACUCAGACUUCUGGACUUAAUGCAGAGGAGCAGGCUCAGAUAAGAAAAUCUGAAGAGGAGGAUACCAUACAUGUAUCUGAAAGAAAUGAAAGUGAAGUUAAAUCUGUUCCAACUGAAAACUUAGGGCCAGCAGCUGUUGAGCAAAUUCCAGAUGUGCCAGUAAUUUCUGGUAUUUACAAAGAAGUCUCUGUUUCUGAAGGUUCUGAAAGGGUAGUGGCCAUUGAGGUACAGAUACCUGAUUUAAAGUCAGGUGAGCAGCAACAUGAAGAAACAGCACCACAGCUCGAAGAAAAAAAAGAAGCCAUUGAAACAAAGACUGAGCCAAAAAUUGACAGUGCAACAUCAGGAGAAGCACCUAAAGGAGAAACCGAAGAUGACAUUGCAAAUGCCCACUCAGAUGAUCCAAAAUUAGUACCAGGGGAAAGUAAUGGCCUAUACAAAGAGUCCAUAGAUUCAAAUGGACCAAAACUAAAGGAAACUGUCCAGGGCCUGGAAUACCAAGAAAGACUAGUACUAAAGGGAGAAAAAGAAAUUUCUAACCAGUCAGUAGAUGAUACCAAAACACAGACACAAGAGGAGGUACAUAAACAUGAUGAGCCUUGUGAGUCUCCACCAAAAUCAGCACCUAAGGAGUCAAGAGGCGUAAUUUAAUUCAGAAUGUGUGUCGUAGGACCAGAAUGUGAAGAAGGCCGUGUAAGAAAGUGAAGGCUGCUGCUGAUUAGACUCAAGACUGAACUGUGAGAAGAGAAGAUUAGGUCUUACUACCCAAAGCCAUUCCAAGAGAGCCACUGACAACCCUGAGACAUCAGGAGCUAUACUCAUCAUUCUUUUAUGUUUGGAUGUUAACAUUUCCUCUUUUUGAGACAUUUCUCUUUUUUUUCACUUGAUGACAUGUGAUGUUUCCGAUUUAAUGACCUUAAUUCUGAACCUUGAGAGAAGUUGGAAACAUUUAGUUUCUCAUAUUCCAAAUCUUAGUUUAAAAUGCUUCCAAAACUGGAGUGUAAUUCUUUAUGUAUUUAUGUGUAUAUCUUAAAUAAACCUUGUUCUGUUUUUAUUGUGUAUUUUCCUUCACUUACUGGUUAAGGAGAUAUUCUGUCACAUAUUAUAUGAAGUGCCAAGUGCACAUGACCAUGGUAAAGCACUGUGGAGUUUUGAGCCACAAGAAAACAAUUAAGUGAGGCUUCAUUUGCUGCUUUCACGAGAGACCUUCCUAGUCCAAAGGUACAAUUCCUACUUAAGGCAUCCAUUCGUGUUCAUAUCCCCAUUUGUGUCAUUACUCUGAAAUAGGGACUUUUUCACUCAACAUAGAGUGAAAAUUUGUAGAAACAUAAAAAGUUAGCUUAUUGAUGGAUUUCGCUCUGGUGAAAGUUGGCAGGAAGUCUCAACAAUUUCAAAUUCUAUGGUUUUUAGGCCGUCUUUGAUUAUUUCCAAAUGGAUGUUGAGACAUGAGUGUGCUUAAGUACUGAGCAAAAAGAAAUGUUUUUGAUGUUACCGAGAAAAGAAUGCAUUGCUUUAAGUUUUUGGAUUCUAUUGUUCUUGUAUCCUCGAUCAUAUCCACAUAACACAGCAUGAAAUAAGGCAAGUUCUUUAGAAAGUGGUUUUUGAUAGAUACUAGAUUAUGUCUUCUCCAUAUAUAUGCCCACUUGUCUUAACAGUGUCUCAUGAUCUUAUACAUUUGGUAAACUGAUUUGGCAAGUGAUUUAAAUAAAAUAUUUGCUUACACUUAGGUUUGUUGGUCUUAUUAGAAUGUAGGAUAAACCUGGGACUAACUUUGUUAAGUAUUUGGGUCAUUAUAUUAAUCAAACCAGGUAGGCUUGAACUACUAACCUCUGAAUGUGCCAAGAGGGAUCACACCACCAAUUUAAAAGAUGGCUGUUUUACAGAAGUCUGGACUGCAUAUCUAAAAUCUGUGUUUAAGUGACAGUUCUUUCCUUUAGGAGGUCUUUACCAUUUAGGAGGCAAAGAUUAGCCACUUACUCAGCUGUCAUUAUUGAUGCAAUUCUACCAUCUGGUGGUGAUUUCUUGAAAGUUAUUCAAUUUUCUGGGGCACAGUAACAUCUUCACUUAAAAGCAAAGGGGUUAUUCUGAGAAAAGAUUUUAAGAAGCCUUAUGAAUAAGAAGUACCUGGGCUAAUACCUAAGGAAUUUGGGAAAAUGUCAGUACUUCCAAUUAUGAUCUUUCAUGUAAAUUAUCAUGAAAGCUUCGAACAUUGGAGGCGUUUUGUCAUAAUGUAAUUGUCACAUGUAAUAUCUUGCUAUUUUUAUAUCUGUGUAGUGUUUUUCCAUUUUCCAAGUUACUGUCUAAUAUGAACAUUAAAUACCUAACAGUUGGAGAACUAAGACCUGCAAAUCCACUUGGCCAAAAAGUCUCUCCUUUCCCCACGCAAUUUACUGCUAAAGUUUGUAACUUCUAAAACUGGAAGCGAUUUCCUUUCCUGUUGUGAGCAAGCAUGGCUACUCAAAAAUUAGCCACAAAAUUUUGCUAUUCACCCUAAGGCAUUUAAUACUAAAUCAUGAAUAAUGGCCUUUAAUAUAUUCAGGGAGAUAAAAUUUUAUAAGAGGCUGAAUAGAGUAGUGGAUAGAAGGAUGGCCUGAAGUUAUGAAGACCUGGGGUUUAGUCCUGCCAUAUACAUUGCUUUUGUGACCCUGGGUAAAUCACUGUAACCUCCCAGUGCUUUAGCCAGCCAUCUAAGACGAUAAACUGCAGAGAAGAUGCUUACUCACAUUGGUAAAGGGAGUUUCCUCAUUUAGGAAUUUCCUAUACCAAUGAAACAAAAAAAAUUCCAUUUGCUUGCUCUUAUCAGAAAAAGACAAUGUAUUUAUGGAUAUUAGAACUGUUUCCUCCUUUCUAAAAUAGAAUUUCUUUGCUUUGCUCAAAAUGGGUAUGGAAUUGCCUAACUCAUGCAAAAUCAGUAAAAUAGUUUCAUUUUUUAAGUAAACACCUUCAUACCAUGUUUUUUUCCUGAUUGCCUCAACUUUGGAAAAUUGCAAUCAUCAAAACCCAUUCUCCAGAAGUUGUAUAUGCUUUGUGUUUUUUGUACCAACACCUGAAUAUGUCAUGGGACAUUUUAAAAAAUAAAUAUUGUAUACCCAUGUCCGCUAAGCCAUAUUGUUACAGCUGCAGCAGGUAAAAAUGAACAUCAGUAGCAUGAAGCUGCAAUUUUGAUAGAAUUUUUAAAGCUGCUGUUAAUGUGUAAUGUAAAUCCUGUUUAGACCUCGAGGCUAGCUUUAGCUAAUGUAAAUUGUCUGUAGGAGUUGGGGAGCAAGUGCCUAACCUUGCUUUUAUGUAUACAUAUAUAUCAACAUGAAAGCUUGUACAUUAGAAAGUGCAACUAUUGUAAACUUGACAUUUCUUGUUACUGAGGACUAUGAAAUAAUGCCCUGAGAUUAUUUUAUUAAUGGUACAAAUUAGAUGUCUCUGUAACAGAUAGUUUGUUCCAAUAUAUUGCCUUGAUCUCUAAAACUACAAGUAUUCAGCUGAGAGCUGUUAACUUUAACUUGAGUUUAAGCUUCAGGCUUUGCAGAUUCCUCUAUUCCAAGGCAUUGGGUUAUAAGAUAUUUGAUUAGUUUUGUUUUUUAGGGUAAGUUUUCAUUUAUCUAAAUAAAAUACAAUCAAAUGGUA